AUGAAGGACCGUCUCACCCUCCUGUUCUGCGCCAACGCCAAUGGGGAUCUUAAGAUUAAGCCCCUGCUUGUCUACCGUUCAGAGAACGCACAGGCCUUCAAGAAACACAAGGUGAACAAGGAGCAGUUGAGCGUUUUGUGGCAGUCUAACCCAAAGGAUUGGGUCACACGCCUCGUUUGUGAAGUGGGUCAAUGCGGUUUUUGGUCCUGCUGUGAAGAAAUACCUUGUGGACAAUAACCUGCCACUCAAGGCCAUGCUGCUCAUGGACAAUGCUUCUGCCCAUCUUCCAGGCCUCGAGGAAGACUUGCAUCAAGGUCAUGUUCCUUCCACCUAA